ACUAAUCGUGAAAUGUCAAAAUUGUUGAAGGUGUCGUGACAGAUUCACAUAAACAUUCACAAAAUAGAGAAAAGUAUUAAUUUGUACAGCGUAAAAGAGCUAAAAUGGUUUUAGCAGACUUAGGUAGAAAAAUAACAACUGCUCUGCAGUCUUUAAGCAAAGCGACUAUAAUAAACGAAGAGGUUCUCAAUGGAAUGCUUAAAGAAAUAUGUGCAGCUUUGCUGGAAGCUGAUGUUAAUAUACGUCUCGUCAAAAAACUGCGAGAAAAUGUACGAGCAGUCAUUGAUUUUGAUGAGAUGGCGGGUGGUUUGAACAAGCGAAAGAUGAUUCAGAGUGCCGUUUUUAAAGAACUGGUCAAAUUGGUGGAUCCUGGUGUUAAGCCAUUUCAACCCUUGAAAGGAAAACCUAAUGUUAUAAUGUUUGUCGGUUUGCAAGGUUCAGGUAAAACUACUACGUGUACAAAACUAGCAUAUCAUUAUCAAAAAAAGAAUUGGAAAUCUUGUCUGGUGUGCGCAGAUACCUUCAGAGCAGGAGCUUAUGAUCAAGUAAAACAAAAUUGCACAAAAGCUAGGAUUCCGUUUUAUGGAAGUUACACCGAAGUCGAUCCAGUUGUUAUAGCACAAGAUGGUGUUAAUAUGUUCAAAAAAGAGGGUUUUGAAAUCAUCAUCGUUGAUACAAGUGGAAGACAUAAACAGGAAGAAUCGUUAUUUGAAGAAAUGUUGGCAGUUUCAAAUGCUGUUCAACCAGAUAAUAUUAUUUUUGUAAUGGAUGCAACGAUUGGUCAAGCUUGUGAAUCUCAAGCAAGAGCUUUCAAAGAAAAAGUUGAUGUAGGGUCUGUUAUCAUUACAAAAUUAGAUGGUCAUGCAAAAGGUGGUGGAGCUCUUAGUGCGGUUGCAGCCACAAAUAGCCCCAUCAUUUAUAUCGGUACUGGAGAACACAUAGAUGAUUUAGAACCUUUUAAGACAAAGCCUUUUGUUAGUAAGCUUCUGGGAAUGGGUGACAUAGAAGGACUUAUUGAUAAAGUGAAUGAAUUGAAAUUAGAAGACAACGAGGAAUUGUUAGAAAAAAUCAAACAUGGACAGUUCACACUUAGAGACAUGUAUGAGCAAUUCCAAAAUAUAAUGAAAAUGGGACCUUUUUCACAAAUCAUGGGCAUGAUUCCCGGCUUCAGUCAAGACUUCAUGUCCAAGGGAAGUGAACAAGAAUCCAUGUCACGUCUCAAGAAACUAAUGACAAUAAUGGAUAGUAUGAAUGAUGACGAAUUGGACAGCAGGGACGGUGCCAAAAUUUUUUCAAAACAAAAUGGGAGAGUCGUGCGAGUAGCUCAAGGCUCUGGAGUAACAGAACGAGAAGUGAAAGAGCUUAUAACACAGUAUACUAAAUUUGCAGCUGUAGUGAAGAAGAUGGGCGGUAUCAAAGGAUUAUUCAAAGGUGGUGACAUGGCUAAAAAUGUAAAUCCUGCUCAAAUGGCAAAAUUGAAUCAACAAAUGGCAAAAAUGAUGGACCCGAGAGUAUUACACCAGAUGGGCGGUAUGCCUGGCUUACAAAAUAUGAUGAGACAACUUCAAGCUGGCGCAGGCGGGGGGUUAGGUAAUUUAAGUAAUUUGAUGGGCGGUUUUGGGGGAAAAUGAACGUGUAGGUAUUUGUUAUCUGAAUAUUUGCAGAAUAAUAUAAUUUUGUUUUAACACUUUUGUGAAUUUUUUAUGAAUAAAUAUUAAAUAUAAUGUAA